AUGGACACGCCCGCCGCGAGGCAGGAAGAACAUCUUGCAGCUACUGGCCUGGCUACAGCCGAUGUCGCCGCAACAGAACCAGGUAUCACAGGCUCCGCCCUUGCUGGACGAGACACAAAUCAUGCGGUCACUUCUCCGAAAACAGUCGAAACUGCAGAGGCAGAGCCAGUUGCCAUAGACACAACCAGUACUAGUCGGGAAGAAAGUCCUGCAGACACUGACUCUGCAACCUCCGACGCCACGGGAACAGAAUCAUGUACCACAGUUGGCUCCUCCGCUAAACAAGUGGCACCCAUCGCGAGCAGCUACCCGGAAAUUUCCGGAGUUGGACAAUUUACCGAGUCCCGUGUCUGCUCCCCCAAGUUUCUGCAGCCGCCGCCACCUCUUGAUUUCGCUUCGUUCGCGGCGAAGCUCUGGGAAGUAUUUUUUCUACAGCAGCGUGGGUACAGGGUUGAACUGCCUUGCCAUAUUCCACGAGACCCAUGGGAUACCAACAGCACCCCGACGCCAACGUAUUGGAUGUCCGAUGCGUCAGCACCUUCUCCAUGGGCGGUGGGCCCUGCUUCUUCGUCUGAGAGCGAACCUGAAGCGCCGUCACCGCCGGGCGUCAAGACUAGGGCGGCUUCUAAGCUGCGCGCCCAAGCUAGAGCGAUUAAGGCGAAGAAGCCAAAGUGGGGGAAGCGGAAGUGGACUGGCAAGGAAACGCCGUGGGAGGAGUCCUCGAGUGAACCUGAAGAUCCCGAGUCAGACAGGAAGAGGCAGAAACGCUAG